AUGUAUCCUUGUCCCUUGCUCCCAUAUCAUUCACCUGCCCCUAGCUCCUUGGCCCUUGUCCCUGCCCCGAUACCAUUCUCCUGUCCCGUUGCCCCCCUGUUCCUAUACCACUUCCCUGCCCCUAGCCCCUUGCUCCUUGGCCCCUGUUCCCAUACCAUUCCCCUGCCCCUAGCCCCUUCCCCCUGCUCCCAUACCAUUCCCUUGCCCCUUGCCCCUAGCCCCUACCCCUUGCCCCCUACUACCAUACCACUCCCCUGUCCCUUUGCCCCCUGCUCCCACACCAUUCACCUGCCCCUAGCCCCUAGUCCCUGCCCCUUGCCCCUUGCUCCGUGCCCCCUGCCCCUAGCCCCUAGCCCCUACCCCUUGCCCCCUGCUCCCAUACCACUCCCCUGCCCCUAG